GGAGUCCUAAAGGGGGAAAAAGAAAGUGCGGCGGAAAGUAAGACGCUCACUGGGGAAGACUGGCGGGAUCAGGGUCUCCCAGGCUCCACUUUGGCAAGACGCACGGAGAGGAGAACGCGCGUGGCGACCCUCUAGCUGCCCCCGCGGCUCUCGCUGCGUCCUCGCUGACUCGCAGGAAAGGAUGGGACUUCUGUGGUGUGUUGUGAGCCUCUGCUUCUAUGGGAUCCUGCAAAGUGAUGCCUCAGAACGCUGUGAUGACUGGGGACUAGAUACCAUGAGGCAGAUCCAAGUGUUUGAAGACGAGCCAGCUCGCAUCAAGUGCCCACUCUUUGAACACUUCUUGAAAUAUAACUACAGCACAGCCCAUUCAGCUGGCCUUACUCUCAUCUGGUAUUGGACUAGGCAGGACCGAGACCUUGAGGAGCCAAUUAACUUCCGUCUCCCUGAGAACCGCAUUAGUAAGGAGAAAGAUGUGCUUUGGUUCCGGCCCACCCUCCUCAAUGACACAGGCAACUAUACUUGCAUGUUAAGGAAUACCACAUAUUGCAGUAAAGUUGCAUUUCCUCUGGAAGUUGUUCAAAAAGAUAACUGCUUCAAGUCUCCCAUGAAACUCCCAGUACAUAAAAUAUAUCUAGAAUUUGGUGUACAGAAGAUCUCUUGCCCAAAUGUAGAUGGAUUUUUUCCUUCCAGUGUCAAACCAAGCAUCACUUGGUAUAAGGACUGUAAUAAAGUAGAGAACUUUAUUAAUGUAGUACCCGAAGGCAUGAAUUUGAGUUUUUUCAUUGCUAUGGUUUCAAAUAACGGAGAUUAUACAUGUGUUGUCACAUAUCCAGAAAAUGGGAGGACCUUCCAUUUAACCAGGACUCUGACUGUAAAGGUGGUAGGAUCUCCUAACGAUGCAUUCCCCCCUCAGUUCUAUUCACCUAAUGAUCGUGUCACCUACGAAAAAGAACCUGGAGAAGAGCUUCUCAUCCCCUGUAAAGUUUAUUUCACUUUCCUGAAGGACUCUCGCAAUGAGGUUUGGUGGACUAUUGAUGGAAAAAAGCCAGAGGACACCACUAUUGAUGUAACUGUGAAUGAAAGUGUAAUUCUUUCUCAAACAGAAGAUGAAACAAGAACUCAGAUUUUGAGCAUCAAGAAAGUUACUGCUGAGGAUCUCAAGCGUAGCUAUGUCUGCCAUGCUAGAAAUGACAAAGGGGAGGUUGACAAAGCAGCGAAGGUGAAACAGAAAGUGAUAGCUCCAAGGUACACAGUGGAACUGGCGUGUGGUUUUGGAGCCACAAUCCUGCUGGUGGUGAUUCUCAUCGUUGUUUAUCAUGUGUAUUGGCUGGAGAUGGUCCUCUUUUACCGGGCUCAUUUUGGAACAGAUGAAACCAUCUUAGAUGGAAAGGAAUAUGAUAUUUAUGUAUCUUAUGCAAGGAAUGCUGAAGAAGAAGAGUUUGUAUUACUCACCCUCCGUGGAGUUUUGGAGAAUGAAUUUGGAUAUAAACUGUGCAUCUUUGACCGAGACAGUCUGCCUGGGGGAAUUGUCACAGAUGAGACCUUGAGCUUCAUUCAGAAAAGCAGACGCCUCCUGGUUGUCCUAAGCCCCAACUACGUACUCCAGGGAACCCAAGCCCUCCUGGAGCUCAAGGCUGGCCUAGAAAAUAUGGCCUCUCGGGGCAACAUCAACGUCAUUUUAGUACAGUACAAAGCUGUGAAGGAGACGAAGGUGAAAGAGCUGAAGAGGGCUAAGACGGUGCUCACGGUCAUUAAAUGGAAAGGGGAGAAAUCCAAGUAUCCGCAGGGCAGGUUCUGGAAGCAGCUGCAGGUGGCCAUGCCAGUGAAGAAAAGUUCCAGGUGGUCUAGAAGUGGCGAGCAGGGUCUCUCCUAUUCAUCUUUGAAAAAUGUAUGAGAGGGACCAUGGAAGGGGUAAAACAAACCAAGGGUACUCCAGAAGGGAAGAGCGGCCCCUUUUUUUGUUCCCAAAUUAUUGCAUCAUGGACAGAAAAAUAUUCCUUUAAAGCCUCCUCAUAGGGAUAAAUUCAGGUGACUGCACCUGGCCGUUAAGCCUCCUCAGUCAAGACUAAGGUUGAGAAUGAUAGUGCCGCCACUCUGUCACCAGCUUUUCAUGUCCCUAUGUUCUUUGCAGGCAAAGACUGAGCUGAUGUGAAUUUCCCCUUAUGUAUCCUCUACCUUGUUCCUACAUCUCCAUUCUCUCUUCAUUUGUUUUUAAUCUCUUUAUUACUGAGUUUGCUGUUGAUUAAAAGACCCCUUAAAGUUAAGUUUUUUGUUAACAGGAUCAUUAUAAGUUUCCAAGUAUGGUUUUCUUUUGCCUUUUAUUUUUACUCAUCUAGAAUCUAAAUUUAUUUUAGUUGAAAAGAAUGAUCUCUUUUGCUCGGCCUGCUUACGAAGCACCAUCCCAGCAAGUCUGACACUCGCUUAGGAUGACGCAAAACAGUAUAACUGGAAUUGAUCCUUGUAAUUGGUUUAAAGGACUUGCCUUUAUUUUCUCUUAUUAUAACCCCUGUGUCCUCUCUCUCAGGUAAUCGAUGAUAAAUUUGUCAACUUGAAAAAGAUGUCAUAAUUUCUUAUUACAGUAAAUUCUUGCAUAUCUAUAGGUCAACCCAUAUUUAUUCUGUCUCCAUGUCUACUGUACAGUGUAUAUCAGUAAUUGAUUUUGCAACUGGCUCCACACUUAGUUCAGUCUGAUAGGAUCUUUUACUAAUGGUGCUAAUAGAGAAUGAAAUAACAGCAAAAUGCUUUUAGGGUGGUUUCUGGCUUGUGAGAAGAGCACAGAACAGGAUGUUUGGCAAUUUGUCUUUUAAUUUCAGUCAUGCUAAUGUGACUAUUAGGAAAGUGAUUUCUCUUCACUUGUUUCUACCUCCUCAUUGUAAAGUGUGGAAGUUAGAUUCAGUGACCUUGAGAGUUGCUUUUAGCAUUAAUAGUCUAAAAAAAUUAACUGGAUGCCCAGUAUUUUCCAUACUUUAUUCACUGAUACAGUUUCCUCACUACAAACAAGUCAGUCUGAAAAGUCAUUGUCAAUAAAUCUUGUUUUAGUUUGUUUUAAUUAAACUUUACUCUUCUUAAAAGUUGGAAAAGUGAAAACUAAGUCCAGAGUUUACAGAGUGGUGAAUAUGUUACAUACAGAUUAAUAUAUAUAUGUGUGUGUGUAUGUAUAUAUACACACAUAGUUAAACACGUGAAUUCUACUAUAGAUGUAUACAUACAUACAUAUAUACACACAUGGAUUAUAUAUGUGUGUAUAUCUAUAUCUUUAUAUCUAUAUAUGCUUAUGGCUUCAAAUAACUAUUGUCAUAAUAUUAUCAACCACUGGAACUCUUGUCCAGUUUUUACUAUAAUGCUUUUGUCUCAGUGUUGUCUGUACAUUUGAUAUUAUUCAUUAUUCAUUCAUUCACAGCUCACAAAGAAGUAGUUGUUUGGUCUUGCCUUCCCAAAAUUAGUUUCAGUAACUUGCUACUGCUACUACAGUUGAUCUGGAUACAGUGAAACCUGUUGUGCACAGAGCUGUCAUGGUCACUGCUGAAUGGUAGCUAGUCCUCUGGCAUUAACUAAUCGCCUACUGUGUUUUCAAGCACACACACUUAGAAACUAAACUGUGUUAAUCUCAGUGCUCAAGUCAUGGAGAGAUAAAUCUCAGUCUGGGCUGUUAAGUAAUAAGGGAAAGGAGAAUAAUACGCUUAUACAUGAAACUGGUAUCCUAUAAAACCCCUUAUCUUAGUGGUGGGUUUAUAAGCAAUUCUAAAGCUAUCGCCUAUAUUUAAGUGGCUUUCAUCAGUAUUAAAAUGCACAAUAAAUCAGUUCUUGAUGGAGGAGUUAUUUAUUAUUUAAAAUUGAAAACAAUUUUUUAUGAUUCUUAACUGUAGAAUUAUGGUAUGGAGUCACUCUUAGACCUAUAUUUUGGCCUUAUUAAUUAUUUUUUCUUAAUACUUUCCUAUUAACCCUUCACUCACCAGAACAGAGGAGAAUUGACUCCAGAAAAACUUUGAAUAUCAACUCUUGCAUGAGCUUUAUGUAAAUGAGGGACAGUCCUGUCUCAAGGGGCCAUUCUCUUGCCAAUGCUGCAGUUUUUUCGCACUUUUGAAUUACAUAUUUUUUCCCAAAUGUUGUUGGGUGCCCCUAGAAAUUUGUUGAUUUUUUCUUUUUCAAUUUACUUUCCUGCCUUUGGUAUUGAACUUUUCCAAAUGCUAAAAUCUAAAGCCUCUCAAAUAUAAAUGAUAUGUUUCAUCCUAAGAUAAUUUUUCCCAAGAUUUUUUGUUUAUAGUCCAGAAGAUGCCCAAUAUAGAAUAUUUGAGGAAAAUGGGGAAAUGAUUUAUAAUUUAGACUGCAAAAAAAAAAAUGCUCUCUAAUAUUUUUUUAAAAAAAUGUUGUUAAUGUUAAAAAAAUAAACGUAAUGGCUUUAGGUCUAUGACAUAAAUAUCUCCUGACAGAGAACCAUGAUAUAUAGUCUCUAAUUAUGCAAUCAUAUACAAUUAAUUUAAUUUUCUUCUGUAUUCUAACUUAGAUGAUGCCCUAGGACUCUUAAAUAAGCACUCCAUUGUAUUGGGAAACAACAGCUUCCCUCCAUUUGUUAAUUAUUCAUUUUCUUUCCAUAGGUUUUAAUAUUUUAAGGUUAUCUUUUUUAUUUUAUUCAUAAGCUUUUGUAUUUUCCAUUUGAUUUGUAAAUUUAUUUUAAAAUAAACCAUUUAUU